AUGGCACGAGAUAAAGACAAAGUUGCUGAAGCCAUUGAAAGGGUUAACAAAUAUAUUGCUGCAACUAGAAUAAAUUUAGAUGUUGGAAUCGACAAUACUCAUGAACUAGAAAAUUCAGAGGCGUCCAUACUUGUUGCAUCAGCCACUUCACCACUUCACCAUCAGUUGGUUUUUGCCCCAAAUCAUUUUGCAUCAGCCACUUCACCAUCAGUUGAGAAACAACUAAUGUUUAUUUCUAAUGCAGCAGGCAAAAAGGUGCAAUCUACAGAAGAUGUCAAUGUCGAAGACAGAAGACCAAUUAAAAAACAGAGAAUAAAUUGGUUCAUGAAAGCUUUAUCUGAAAUGUAUGAUAUUGAAGGUCAAGUUGACUACAUACUAUCAAUAUCGUCUCUUCAUAGAUUGGAAAAUGUUCCUAAAUGCAAACAUUGUCAUGCUUUGAGGUUUGAACAUGAAACUCCAACAUUUUGUUGCGACGGUAGAUCAAUCAAACUUGCACCUACUGAAGUUCCAACUCAACUGUAUGCGUUAUUUUUUUCGGACUCUGCAGUAGCAAAAGAAUUUCGCAAACACAUUAGAGGAUAUAACAACAUAUUUGGAUUUAUGUCUUUUGGUGUAAAAAUCAGCAAUGAUCUAGCAUCUUCAAGCCAAGGAGUUUAUACGUUUAAGGCACAGGGCCAAAUAUAUCAUGAUCUACCCUUAUUGAUUCCAUAUAAUGAUAAUCCAUAUUAUUUUCAAUUGUACUUUUUUGACAUAGAAAAUGAGGUAUGCAACAGAAUUUCAAAACUCAAAGAAGCCAAUUUAUUCGAAGACGUUAUGGUGAUAAUUAGACAGAUAAUGGAUGUCAAUCCUUAUGCACAAUUCUUUCGCCAGCUAAAGGAUUAUUCAAGCUUCCAAAAUUUAGAGAUUCGAAUUGCUUCCAAUGCAAAACUAGAUCAACGUGUUUACAACAAACCAUCAGUAGAUCAAGUUGUUGUUAUUUGGAUAGAUAGAAACAAUCCCAAUGUACCAUUUGAUCGAGAGAUUAUUGUUCAUGAGCAUUUAGUCAAUAUGCAUAGAGUCAAACAUUAUUAUGAUUGUUAUGACCCACUUCAGUAUCCUUUACUUUUUCCAAAUGCAUUUGCUUCCGCUUAUGAGGUGUUUGACAAUGAGCAACAAGGUAUGGUGUGCGACGAGGAGGUAAGAAUUAUGUCUCUUGUAGAGAGUACUACUGCUAUAAGUUGCAAAUACGCGAUGGAGAAAAAAUGGCUGGAGCAAUCGAAUCUUAGAAGGGAAAUAUUGCAAGGUAUAUUUGAUAGUAUACUAGCCGGAGAAAUUAGAGGAUCUAAAGUUGGUCAAAGAGUAAUACUUCCUGCAUCAUUCAUCGGAGGUCCUAGGGACAUGCGUCACAGAUAUAUGGAUGCAAUGGCUUUAGUUCAGCAUUUCGAAAAACCAAAUCUAUUCAUCACAAUGACAUGUAAUCCUAAUUGGGUGGAGAUCAAAGAAAAUUUAAUAGAAGGACAACUUCCUCAAGACAGACCUGACUUAGUGACUAAAGUCUUUAGAGAAAAGUUACAGGACUUAAAAGAUCAAAUCUUCAAGAAAAAGAUAUUUGGUCCCAUUGCAGCACAUGUUUUUAUCGUUGAAUUUCAAAAAAGAGGGCUACCGCACAUACACCUUUUGUUAAUACUUGAACAAGGAUACAAGAUAACAUCGCCGGACAACUAUGAUAAGUUUAUUUUCGCUGAACUUCCUGACAAAGAAGAAUUUCCGAUCUUACAUGAUUUGGUUGUCAAGCAUAUGAUGUAUGGGCCAUGUGGAAAAAAUAUCCAGCAAAUUCAUGCAUAA